CAUCAAUAGCUCUUGCACCACCUGGACAGUGGACACAACCUUGAAUCUUCAAAGCUUUAACCCGGUAGGUUUUUUUUUGUUAGCAUGAAUUAGCAACAAUUUCUACAUUCAUCUAUACAAACAGUCCUUCUUUCAAUCAUGAAUACCUACCUAACCUAAGGUAGUUUAUAACCCGAGUAACGGAAAUGCUUGCGGUCCCGGCUCUCCUAUAUCGACCAAUUAAAUUUGAUGUACCGUUAUGAUAUGCCGAGAUAUCGAUCACUCGAAGUUUUGCGAGCGGGUUCACACAAGUCCGCGAGAAAGUUUGAAGCAUCGACGGGGACAGACAAAUCAGCUUUCGGAGUGUUUGGAUCUCGGAAUAAAGCGAUAUUCGAGACAAGAUGUCGAACCCUUGCCUAUCAGUAUCGCAGUUGGUAUGUGAUAGAAAGAUGCAGAUGAUCGAAGCCUGGGUUUCCGAAGUCGAAGCGAGCCAGAUAUACUGCGUAUGCUCUAGGAGGAGAGUGUUACCUAAAAUCGAAGAGCAAGCCGCCACCCCUGAAUCACCAAUAGAUAGCGGGCUGUCAUCCUUGACAGCCCAUGCCAGAAAACCAGGACGUAGGGGCCCGCCGAAAUGUGCCGUAUGCCGCUUUCCCUUCGAUGGCAAUACCAAGUUUGAGAAGCUUAGGGAGUUUGGAGAGAUGGGUCUCGUACGCUGCGGAAGUCCACGGUCCGUAUACAGCCUCGACAAGGAGACCAAGAACAAAUUGGGGCCUCAAUCAUCAUUUCUUGCUUUUGGAACCCGUAAGAGACAAAGGCCAAAGCAGACGACUACAAAAGACAGCUCAAUAUCGGACUCGUUUGAAAAUUUCAAAAGCCGGAGCAGAAGGAGCUUAACAUCUUUUAGAACGAAAUUUUUCGAUUGGUUCGACAACGACCAUACCAUCCCAGAGGACCGCCCUCGAGCUACAGAAGCUUAUGCUCAGUAUAGGUGCCACGACACGCCCACAGCAUCAAUGGAGGACUUAUGGAGUGGUGAUGACAACUACAGAAAGCCUGAAUUGACUCUUGAUGAAACCGCAGCUCGUCUCCGGAGAGCCGCUCACCUCCUAAGCCGAAUAAAUCCAUAGUAGGCGAUAACGAACACUAGGAAUCGCCGACAAGUUGGACGUAUUAAACGUUACGUAGAAGAGUUAGAGACAGAGAGGGAGGGAGAGAGGUAUUAUGAAAAAGAAAAGGAGCAUAUUUGAUUUUGAGGAGGCAUGUUACUUUUUCUCCUAAGCGCUGGUUUUUCUCGGCAUAGAUAUAUUAUUCAUUGUAGUAGCAUUGGGUCACUUCUGAGCGGCAUAGGGACAGGCGUUAAGAUAUGGAUAUAACUGGCAGCAUUUGUGUUUUCGAGUAGGAAUACCGAAUACCUAUCAAAAUCGGCCUAACAGUCGAGUUUUGGUUUAUUAAAACAGAGACAGGAGUGCAUAUUGAUAUUCUAGUGCUCGGUGCUCAGUUAAUCAACCACCUAUAUAGCUUACAAUAUCAUACCGUGGAUAAGGAACUUCCUACUAAUGGGCUUCAAGCCGGUAGGUACCUAUAAUAAGUUACAAUUAAUUCACUUUGUUACCUGAAA